UGAGUUAGAGAGAGAGAGAGAGAGAGAGAGAGAGAGAGAGAGAGAGAGAGAGAGCUUGGCCAGCGCAGAGAGGCACGGAGACGCAGCAGAGAGCAUCAAGGCGACUUCAUCUGGGAACAAAUCAAUACAACAAGUUGGAGAAACAGGGAUACUCGGUGCGGGGGGGGAAAUAACAACAACAAGAGAACACAUCGGAAGAGGUCUUUUCUGCACGGACAUUACAAUGAAAGGGUUACCUGGCUGCAUUUUGGAUUUGGAGUCUUUUAUUGCACCGCUGCGACUUUGACACACGAGUUGCGCAGUCUCUCUAGGAGUUGUUUGUUGGGGAGGAAUUUGAGGGAACACGAAAUUAAACUUGAGUUGGACCUCCAGGAACAUUGGAAAGGAAGACACAAAAGAACCACUGCCACCAUGGAGAAGGACCAGUGCUACUACAACGAGACCAUCGCCUUCUUCUACAACCACAGUGGCAAGUACCUCGCCACCGACUGGAACACCGUCAGCAGGCUGGUGAUGGGCCUGGGCAUCACCGUGUGCAUCUUCAUCAUGCUCGCCAACCUCCUGGUGAUGAUCGCCAUCUACGUCAACAGGAGAUUUCACUUCCCCAUCUACUACCUGAUGGCCAACCUGGCGGCUGCUGACUUCUUCGCCGGACUGGCCUACUUCUACUUGAUGUUCAACACGGGGCCGAACACCAGGCGCCUGACCGUGUCCACGUGGCUGCUGCGCCAGGGCUUGAUCGACACCAGCCUGACGGCCUCCGUGGCCAACCUGCUCGCCAUCGCCAUCGAGCGCCACAUCACCGUGUUCCGAAUGCAGCUGCACACACGCAUGAGCAACCGCCGCGUGGUGGUGGUGAUCGUCAUAAUCUGGACCAUGUCCAUCGCCAUGGGGGCCAUCCCCAGCGUGGGCUGGAACUGCAUCUGUAGUCUCGAGAACUGCUCCAACAUGGCGCCGCUUUACAGCAACUCCUACCUGGUCUUCUGGGCGGUGUUUAACCUCGUGACCUUCGUUGUCAUGGUGACGCUCUAUGCCCACAUCUUUGUCUAUGUGCGCCAGAGGACCAUGAGGAUGUCGCGGCACAGCUCCGGGCCACGGCGCAACCGAGAUACCAUGAUGUCUCUCCUGAAAACCGUGGUGAUUGUGUUGGGCGCGUUCAUCGUCUGCUGGACCCCCGGCCUGGUCAUCCUCCUCCUCGACGUUUUCUGCGUCAACUGCAACGUCCUCACCUACGAGAAGUUCUUCCUGCUCCUCGCCGAGUUCAACUCGGCCAUGAACCCCAUCAUCUACUCCUACCGCGACAAGGAGAUGAGCGCCACCUUCAGGCAGAUCCUGUGCUGCCAGCGGCAGGAGAACGUCAACGGGGCGGUGGCGGAGGGGUCCGACCGGUCGGCGUCGUCCGUCAACCACACGGUGCUGAGCGGCGCCGCGCACAGCCACCACCUCCACCACCACAACAACGAACACUCGGUGGUAUAAAAAAAAGAAGGGCUGGAGAUUACGGGGGAUUAAUCCAGCUUCUUGAAGGAGGUUAAUCUGUGUGGGAGAUACUGACGGAGAGAAGGUGAGCGGGAAGGUCGAGAGGGACUGCGAACAUGAUACGAACUAAAGACAGCAAGGUGAGAACUCGCAGGAUGAAGAUGGGGGGGAGGAGUUGAUGACGAGCUGGAUGAGAUCGCUGCGAAGAAGAGGAUGGCGACUUCGAGGACUCCGAAAGGCUGUUAGUAUUUCUGUUUAGUUGUUUAUUAAUUGUUUUGAAUGUGUUGUCAUGGACAGUGCUGACAUGAACUAUUUAAAAGUAAUCUGUGAAAUGAAGGUAAUGCCAGUACUCCAGUGUUCUUUUACUUUGUGUCCUGAGAUUUCAGACUUCUUCCCCUCGGUCCCCGUUCUCAAGAAAGAUCUCGUUACAUCAUGUUACAUUCAGACGGCAUCGCGCUACCAUCGGACUCUUUUCGAACACUAUUCUUUCUUUUUCUUUUAUGUUUGGGAGGAAAGAUAGCAAAAAGCUGAUUUUUUUUCUUCUCGAUAGUAUUUGGAUCCAUUUACGUAGGUUUUUACUUUUCCAAAAUGCAGAAGUCAAAGCGAAACAUAUAUGGGACAUCCUGCCGAUGCUCAUAAGAUAAAUGAAUAUAUCAAUACUGCAUGUUUGACAUGUUUGGCGACCUACCAGAAAUGACCAUUAUGGAUUGUUUGAGUAACCAGAGCCGUUACUCAUUUCCGCAGCAGAAAGUGACCUUGCGACCUCAACUCAUUAUUCUACUGAUCCUCUUCUUCCACUGAUAAGGCUUUAGAGAAUCCAGAUUCUUCCUUUCGUCUAACUUAAAUACACAAGGCGUCCAGGAUCUGUUAUUUGUUCCCUCUAAGGAAUUAGAGACAAGUUGUUCCAGGGAUCCCCCCAAAAAGGGGAGGAUGUUUGCGGUUUUAGAACAGGCUCUGUGCCACGGUGGUAUGUGGAGACAAGGUGAUGGUCAUCUCUGCCGAAUGUUAGCAGACGUGAAGUGUGCUGAGCUGUCUGCCUCUCGUGGUUUUUACGAAGCGUGUCCGUGAGGCUGAAACGAUUGUGUGAAAGUACAAUUCAAUGUGAAUGUGAAAGUACAAUAUAAUGUUUACUGAUUGUGAGCGGUGACAGGAUGGGCCGUAACGUCUGUUUUACAGCAUGGACCUGAAGAUAGAAUCGGUGCCUGCUUGUUCAUGGCAAACUCAAAGGUCAUCUGACAGUUAUAUAUAUGAAGUUAUAUUUCAGUCUGGACCAAAGAGGUCAACUGACCCACAGACUGACCGUCCAAUUGCAUUGCCUUACAUAGAGCCACAUUGCAAGCUCGGCCAAUAAAAGUCCAGUUUGCAACCGGUCAGUGGUCAAUCUUUCCAUUGCGUUCCAAUAUUUCUCUCCAUAAUUUGAAGAAAAACCCUUUGGCCCUGCCUACUAAAUGUAACUCAUGAGCACCAUUUCAGCUCAGCCGAUAAUAAAUAAUUUUUAUAAUAAUAAUAUUAGCUGAAAAUCCCAAAACACCAAUGUGCAUCUUUUAUUGCGGUAUUCAUUACAAUUACCAUUUUUUUUUAUUUUCUUGUGUGAAAAGUUCUCUCCAACAAUACUACAGUCUUCAUAAACAAUCUAAGGAAAGUAUGUAAAUAUCGUUCCUGUUAACCAGAAACUGAAUGUCAUGUUCAUAUUUUUUUUGUUUUGUUGUUGCAGCAUAUUGAUGAUAUGCUGUAAUACAGAUUUCCAUCCAAAAUAAUAUAUGACGUUUUGUUUAUGUCACUAGAAGAUGUUUGGAGUAAUGAUAAUGUUUUUUUGUUUUUUUUUGUGAACCAGUCCUUAUUUGAAAAUGCUGCAGAUACAAAUAAUCCCCCAACAAUUCUGUAUCUCUGCCUCGGCCUCCUCGCCGUCCCUCCUCAUGGCGUCUUGAGAGGGACACGCCCUGCGUUUAAAGCUUCCCAGAGAUUUAAAGGUGCAGCGUGUAGGAUUUGGCGCCACCUAGCAGUGAGGUUGCAGACUGUGACCCACUGAAACUUCUCCCCCUUGUCCAGCGCGUAGGCACAACAUCUAGAGCCAGUGAUUGGUUUGUCCACUCUGGGCUACUGUAGAAGGGCUACUGCUCCAUAAAGAGGAUCAAGAACUUUCCUCAUUCUGAGGUCAACAAAAACAAAACAAUUCUCUUUUUUGGGGUGAUUAUCCCUUUAAAAAGACGACUGUAGAUCCACCAAACGGUACACGCUGUGACCGUAAGGUGGCACAUAUUAUGUAAUUGUCUCAUGCGUAACCUGGUGACAGGCAUAAAGUGGGGUUCUGAUCAUGUUGUUGUUUAUUGCAACAACUUUAUAGAAUUUUUUUUUGCCACAAAACAACAUUAAGCAUUGUUGGUAGUCUCAUUCUUUUUAAAGGGGCAUUGAGUCUUCAGGUAAUACUCUUGAUGAAUGAUGAUAUCUUAUUUCCUCCACUGUCUGCUCUCAACUGAAGUCAGUCGGCCUGGUGAUGCUGUGACGUACAUCGUUAGAAAUCGCCAGCUGAAGGUUUUUUGUUUUCUUUGUCUUGAAUCAAAACACAUUUUGGCCUAAAUACAUAGACCGAGCUCCCAACAAGCGCCGCCAAAAGCACAGAUGUUUUCCAGGAAGCAAGAUGUGUGUCAGGGGUUUAAGCUGCAGCUGAAAUGAAGUCAGCUGCUAUGUUGGUCAACAUGUCGCCCUGUUUGUGAGACAACUUAAGUCCUUUUAUUUAGAAUUAUGAUUCUAUGUGUCACUGCUUCACAGCCUUUUAAUCUACAAGUUGUGCCUUUACACUUAAACAAAAAUAUUAAAAGUUAACGGAGAAAACUCAACAAUCUUCAAUAUUUUCUUCUGAGACAAUUCAACUUAAUUCCUUUAGUUUUGCCUUUAAGCUUUUCCAUCCUUUACUUCUGUUAACAUCACAACCGGCCUCACGGGACUAACAGCAGCAGCACUCUUUGUAUUGUUGACCAACCCUCCAGAUUUGACAUUCACUGUCACCAUUUUUCUAACAAAGUAACGCUUCAGGUUAUAUAACAACUAAACUUUCUGUCUUCGUGUGCCUCUGUUUACCAGCAUGUCAUUCUUUUGUACACCGUUGUAUGUAUAUGUGUACAGUGUGUAUGUAUAUAAAAUAUAUUAUUCAAAGUUAAUCACCAAAGGGAAAGUGUUUUUGUGUUUGUAAAUUUACGUGUUUAUAAUCUGUCCAAACGUACUGUAGGAUUUUGUUUAUGGUUAUUAUGACAUAAGCUCUUUUUGUGUUGUGAGCCUAAUUAAUGCAUUCCCUGUAGACUAUUGCGGUUAUUAAUUUGUUUGUGACCCAGAACUAGAUAUCGAUGCUCGCAGUGCCUUCCGGUGCCCCUCCUGAAAGUGUAACUUAAAAAAGUGUAACUUAAAACCCUCUCUGGAUUAAAGUGUGCCUCGUUGCACCUGUAACCACACCCACCAGUGAUGUCACGGCGUCCUGGAGUACGCUUGUACAUCACUGCAGGUGGUUUUAACUACUCUUUAAUUGUGUGUGUUGCUGACAACAUAAUUUAAUUCAAUUGCCUUAAAGUACAGCAAAGUCAAAAGUGUAUGUAUGGUUUUUACUUAAAAUGUUCACAGUCUCAAAAUAUUAUAUUAAAUGAGUACAAGCUCAUGAAUACAGAUGUUUUUUUAGUUUUUUAGUGUGAUUUGAUUUAAAAGCAAUCACAUUUUUAUUAUUUUUUUAUUUUCAUUUAGCAUCAUUAAGGCAACAUUCCCUGGUGCCAUAUGACAUGAUAAAACACGUUCUCCCAUUCUUUUCAAUGUAAGUCCGUCCGGGGAGGACAAAGUCCCUUUCCCAGCUUGAACGUGCCUUUCCUGAAAAACAUUUUUAUCACGUUAGCUCCCCAGAUCAGCACAUCCCUGCCAGCGUAUCCUGACUACUUCUGCCUUUAUUGUGUUGCACUCAAUAAAUGUUGUCAUUUUCAUACCAAAAACUGUUAAUACCCAAAGUGUUUUCACAGAAUGAUGAUAUGUAUGCUAUCAGGAUCUUCCUAGCCUGUUCUUCCAAAGUGAAACAUUUGCUUUAAGAUGUUUUUUUGUUGCCAAGCCUCAGAUUUAACAAAGCGUGUACCAGUAGUUUGUGGAACGUAAAUGUGAUUUCCAUACUAUCUAUACUGUACGGGCCAAUAUCAAUGAAUGUCCACCCAGAGUCAUAGUGUUGAUAUCCCAGCAACAAUAAAAACAUGAGAAAAGUCU